AGGACCUGGGAUCUGCGAUCAAGAAAACGGCCAAAUUUCUGGGAAAAUCGUUGAGCAACGAGCAAGUGUCCUCUCUGGUCGAGUAUUUGAGCUUCGAUAAUAUGAGGCGGAACAAAGCCGUAAACAAGGAACAAGUGAAGGCGCUCAACCAAAAGUGCGGCGGUUUCAAGAUCGACGGGAGUUUCAUACGCUCAGGAGUCGUCGGCGGGUGGAAAACCGAGAUGACGUCACAGAUGAUCCACCGAUUCGACGAUUGGACGGAGACAAAAACCGCUAAGACGGGGUUUUCCUUCGAUUUCGCUCAUAAUUGAUGCAGAGAGGGGGGGGUGGAUGGGACGAUUAUUAAAAUUGAAAAAUAAAGUGACGGACGAAAAAGACACUGGGAAACAGUGGCGCGGCGUGAUUUACGAUACAUCGAUUGUCAUUUGAACCUAUGGAAAAGGAUCAUGAACAGGGUGUGCGCAGCGAACACAUUAAUAAUCGAUGCUUUACCAUAGGUUCAAAUGGCAUAACAAUCGAUACAUCGCACUGGGAAAA